AAGAAAAAUGUCAACAAUGCAUAUUAAUAAUUUCGAUUUAUUUAAAUUCAAUUUUUCAUACAUAAACCUCGAGCAAAUAUAAGAAACCUUGUGGAAAAUCCAUCAUAAUGGGAUUUUUAUUUUUGUAAAUGACAUAACUUUGUUUAAAAUUUGUAAUUGAAAUAUUGAUAAUACUAGUUCAAUUUUAUACAAAUUUCUUUUCAUAUUUUCAAAAAUAAACAUCUUUUUCUAUUGGUUUAUUAAAAAUACAAUGGACACAAAGCAUCCUAUAUUUGAGUGUCUAAAAAAGAUUCGAUGGAAAUCGUUGGAAAAUAAUGUUUAAGACACAUCAGCGUCUUAUUAUUUCAAUGUCUAAAAAUAAGACAUGCCAAAUGUCUAACUGGCGACUCAAUUAGACUUUAGACGGUUGUACCGUCUUGUAAGACACAUGGCAUUUUUUAGAGUGUAAAGAGGAUAUGGUAAAGAUAAAGUUUAAUACGCUAUAGAUAAUAUAGUAGGAAAACCAAAGGAUAUCAAAAAGUACUACAAAAAAAAGAAAUAUAGCCAGGAGAAAAAACAAACUUAUCACUCUCGACGAAUAUUGUCGAAUCGGGUCAUGGCACCAAUUGUUAGACUGUAGCUAACAACUCCUGGUUCUCCUUUUAUUAUUUCUAAGAGAAGAUAGAAAAGACCUAGCUUGGUCCAGAUGAUCAAUCAAGAGGAACUAGAAGUGAGAGAAGAAAAGAGAGGUAGUGGUGAAAGAUGCUACUACCUAAGAUAUUGGUCAGUUUUUUAGAUUGCCUGUAGCAACCGUAGGGUUCAUUUUGUUUUUCGGAAAAAAGUAGAUGUCGACCUUUCCCUGGGUGUAGACAUCAUUUCUGGAAAGUUUCAUUGCAUUUGCUCGUACUGUCUCCAAAUGCAUAAAGAACAAACAAACAGACAAACAUUCUUCUUUAUAUAUAUAGAAGAUAACAUUGAAAUAAAGAUUUUUACUCAUUAUUGUAGAAAUAACAAAUUUCAAAAUACAACAAACGAAGAUUCGUUCUUAGCAACAUUCACCGAAUCAGAUGCUGAUAAAUAUUUAUCUGAACUUUUACAAGUAUUCGAAGAACAAUCUUUUCAAACUGAAACUGAUACAUUAAUGGAAGUCACAAAAAUAUUUGAUGAUAUUGAAACAAAUAAUGAACAGUUUCCUUCAGUUGAAAAUCUCAUAAACACAAUAGAUCCAACUUCAUUGACUACUUGGUUAACAUCGACGCAAAAUAAAGAUUUAAUUGAUCGUGUCGACGAAUAUCAAGAAAAACUAUUAAAUUCUUCAUCUUCACCAUCGAUUUCAACAAAUUCAACAACAUCAAAUAUUUCCGUAAAAAACAAUAUGAAGAAAAGAAAAUUAGAUCCAAUUGAAAAUCUUGAGAGAACUCUUGUUGUAAUGAGAUUACGUGAAGAUAUAAAUGAAAUUAAUCUAUACAAUCAUUUCCAUCAAUCAAUUCAAGUAACAAUAAAACAAUGUCAAACAUCAUCUCUCGAAUAUGCGUUUAUUUUACAUAAAACAAAAGAAGAAGCAGAAUCAAAUCUUUUAAAACCUAUUAAUUAUAUUCUUCUUGGCUCACAAUGUCAUGUCGAAUAUGCAUGUAAGUCUCCAUUUAUUCCUCUAGAUCAUCAAUCAUAUGAUAAACAAACAAUUGUAAUUACAAAUAUACCAGAAAAUGUUACUGCAGAUGAUUUACGUCAUUUAUUUACCAACUCUAGUAUAUUAAAGUAUUGUCCAGCACGGAUUAUUCAACGUAAAUCUACCUCCAUUGAUAUUUCAGGCAAAAACAAGAUUUUAUGGGGAUAUGCAUUUCUUAGUUACGACAAUGUUCAACAAGCUGCCGAUGUUAUUGAACAUGCUCAACAAUAUCAUAUCAAUGCAAAAAAUGACAUUCUAUCAUUAUCACAGUUUCAAAUGGCAGUUGCUGGGGCUUUAUUAAAAUCAGUAGCACCAGAACGUCCAGUCCAGCGGGGACGACCAACUGCACAUCUUCGAUCAAAAACAAAUAGUCAAUCUAAGCAACGUCGAGCUAUAUCUAUUCAACCCCCAUUAACAGUACUCGUCGUGAUGGAUUUCAUCACUGGCCAAAGUCAACAAUAA